UGGAGACGCCUCUCUUGGCAGGAACAUGCCUUGCCUUCGGACUCUGGUAGCCUAUUGAAGAGCUCUUUCAAACACUUGAAGCAUGGAGAACAUCGAACGUCACAAAAAGCUUUAUGUGGAAACAAGUAUACUAAUGUUUUGGCAAAAGCCGUUGAAAAAUUGUCCCCGGAAAGAUAUCGUUUGAACAGUCUUUUUUGAUACGCAGAAGUGAGAUUUUAUUGUUUUUUAUUGGUCAAUGACGACAAAUCUGGCGUGAUAUUGCAAAUAACAAGAGAUAUUAUUUGUGUUUUUGGAUAAAUUCUAUUUCUGCAAAUUAAUUCACGAAAAUGUAUAAGGUAAUACAUUUUAAAUAGACGGAUAAAGCCGUUUUAAAAAAAUCAGCAAUGAGCACACAUUUCCUGUCCGUUAAGAAAGGACCCGGGGUAGUUGUAAACAACAUGAGACCGGACGAUAAACUCCGACUGCUGCAUGCAGAGACCGAGACAACAGAAAAGCAUAAGAAGAAAGACGUCAGCAUCAAAAAGAAAAUGAAGCAGACGAAUAUGUCAAAGAAGAGAGGGUAUUCCGGCACUCCGAAUUCAGAAGUCACAGAGAAACCCCAGAUUGCACCUCCCCUUAAAACCACCUCCACUUCAACACCACCCACUCAGGAUUCAAGAGACCAGCCAUCCAAGUUGAAAGGUCAGAGGAGUGGCAGGAAGAGCAGGAAAUCGAAAGACAUGACGAAAUUGUCUUCUUUGGGGUCGGAGAAGAGCACUACCAGCAGCUUCAAAGGAGCUCCAGCCCCAUCAUCUGAAGGGGUCUCAUCAGAGCACAGUGUCCAGGACAUGGAGAGCCUGAGGUGGGAAGGCAUGCUAGAGGACCCCCUGGCAGAGGAGAGGAGGCUGGAGGUGUACCGGGCUAACAGACGCCAGCGCUACUUGCUCCAGAGACAGGAGGUAAAAGCAGUUGGGAGCUCAGGUCAUCCUGAGAGCAGAGACUUAGUGGGAACCAGAGAAACUGAAUAGAAUAGAACAUGUGUUUGGCAAUACAUUAUACUUUUUAAUGUAUGUGUACAUACUUGUAAUGUGUGUACUAUUGUCGUGUAAUGUGUUGUUGAACGUUGACCCACUGGAAAGUAGAAAAAGUAAAAGCAGAAAGUAAAAGCAGGAAGUGAAAACUGUGUACCCAUAUGAUUUGUGCAGUGAUUUGUUCAAUCAGCUCUAUUGACAUUACAGAAAAUACAUUCCAUUAAAUGAGCCACAUCUGUUACCCUGAAUCAACAUUUUGAAAUGCCAUGGACAUGAUUGCAUUGCAAUAACAGACAGCCAUUAGUCAAAUUGCCAAGGCUAGCAUGACCAAGCCUAUUCUAUUCAUUCCAUUUUUAUGACGGCAAUAAUUUUCCACUGCUGUGGAUGGGCUUUAGCUACUUUCACCGCAGGACCAAUGGCAAAUCUUGCAUUUACAGUUUUUACAGUAUAUGUGAAUUUAGAUUUUUUAUUACUCAUGUAGAACAUUGGGCAAAUGUUUUAAAACUCAGGAAAUCCAUUGGAAGUGUGAAAGUUUAAUGAACCACUAUAUUAUAGCAAUAUGUUGUUUA